UUAAAGAUGGAGGUUUAUGUUUCUGGUUGUGUGUUCUCAUCGCUGGUCUACGAACUAGAGAAUAGCAUAGGAGAUGUCGAGGGGCUCCUAUUGGGCCAAAUUACAAGCCGUAUCACCAACACAAUCACAGAUUCACAAUCCGAAAACUUGACACACGAGCGAGUUGCAACGAUUCAAGGGUUUGUUCCUUUUGGCAAAGUUCACAGUUUUUACACCAAUAGUGGGCACAUAUUAGAGGAAGCUAUUUCAAAGGAACUUAAUGAUAAUGAAAAGAGUGAAAAAGUCAUUGGUUGGUUUUCAUUUCGUCGAAAUACUCAAGGACAGGUGUCUAUGAGGGAAAGAUUUAUCCAUCACAAUCUCAUUGCAAAGCUCAACUAUACCCCUUCCAAAGAAUUCCUCUUAGCAAUCUUUACAUCACACAUGUCCAGGGAUCUGUCCUCACACAAAUUUGACUACUGCUUUUGUUGUUCUGCUGAGAGAGAAGGGUUUUUUGAACCAGUUCAGGUACAGAUAUUAAACCUUGGAGAUACAUCACAUUCUGAGUAUAGACUUAACUGUCACUCUGCCCAAGCCACGUCCAGUCUUUUUCAUGAAGUGAUAGACUCUUACAGAAAUGAGUUUGUUGACGAUAAAGGAUGUAUACAACAGUCCUCCAAUAUGCAUGGCAUGUACAUAACAAUGAUGAAAAGGUUGCAGAAUUUAGUUGAAGUUGUAAAAGGUAGUGAAACCACUGUGUCUUCAUUGAAUGAAGAAGUAGAAAAUAGACGAAAGGAACUGGAAGAGUGUCGUAAGGACCUUUCAAGGAAAAAUGCUUCCUACAAAGUGGAUGAAAAACGGCCUCUCCAGCCUAAUUCUCUAUUAAGUGAAUCCAACCAGGAGAAAGAAGAAGCAGAAAGAACUUUUGAAACACAUGGAUCAAAUUUGCCUGGUGAUGAUAACAAAUCUAUAGCUUUUGUUCCAGCUAGUGAUAGUGAAUUGGGGGAGAAAAAUGACCAAGGAAUUUCUGAGGAAAGUACAGAUGCCACUGCAGAAGGAUCACCAAAUGUGAACUCUCCUAGUUUUAACAGAAGGCGGAAACAAAGAACCCCUGCUAGAGUUGUUGUUCGUUAUGUUCAGCCAGUAGUGGCUGACGAUGAUGAUGUCACAGAUGAUGAAACACAGCCAUAUUCUAUAGAGGAUAAAAUUACAGGAAGUGGACCAGACUAUGAAGAAAAACUCUCUCAAAAUCUUGCAAUGGAGACGUCGUCACCAGUUUUCUGACAGCAGGGAAGAUAUUUUAAAGAUUCUUAUGUUGUAUAAACUUUUGAUACAAUAAUACCUUGCAACACAUUUACUGGUCUAAGUUUAUAAUAAUUAUGAAUAGUUAGGCCUUUGUCCAUUAAACAAAUGAAUAUUAUUAUUCUAAAAAUCACAGAGAGAUUGCCACAAACUGUAUUCUUAUGUUUUUUAAGUUGAUAUACAAAGGUAAAACUUGCUUCCUCCUCAUUGCAUGUGUUUCUAUAAAUUGACUUUUUCUUUUAUCAAAAAUUAUGUAGAAGGGAAUCAAGUUUGCUGUGUUAUUGCAGAUUAAUAGGCCAUGAUCAACAACAACACAGUCAAGUGUGUGAUCUCAGACUAAGUGAAUGUGUUUUAUGGAGACAAACUACUACACUGUAUGUUACACUAAAAUGAGGCUGCUCUAAAAAAUAAGAAACUGAUCAAUCAAAAACUGAUGGGAAACCUAGUUGUGAAUUAAUGGAUGGCAUUCAUGUAUGUUGGAAAAGUUAUAAUAUACAAAGAAUAGAUAUU